AUGGGUUACUUGACCUUUCUUCCUUUAAUCCUCCUCCUCUCAAUGCCUCUCCUCUUCCCGACUGCCACCUCGGACGACAGCCCCCUCCUCAAUAAAAUAUGCUCCAACAACUCCGGUACCUACUCUGACGGCGACGCCUACGCGAAAAACGUCAAGUACCUCCUCGACCUCUUCUACAACCGCACGUCCGCCAACAACAGGUUCUUGAAAGAGUCGUGGGGCCCUGACGGCACCUCCGCGGCGUACGGGCUCGCCCUCUGCCGCGGCGACGUCUCGCCCGACGACUGCGACGACUGCCUCUACGACGCCCGAUGCAAGAUCACCCGGCGCUGCAACAGCACCGCAGCUAUGGUGUGGUACGACAACUGUCAAGUCCGAUACUCGGACAAGAACUUCUUCGGUAAAAUCGACACGGACGACAAUAUUAUUAUGAUCAACGUGGAAAACAUGACCAACAACAAUGCAGAGAAAUUCAGGGAGACAACUAUAGAGCUGUUGACCGACCUGUCGAAGCACGCCAGCAGCACAGAAGAGAUGCUUGCCGGAGGGGAUCGGUUUUUUAACCAAAACGUAACAGUGCACGGCAUGGCGUUCUGCACACGGGAUCUCUCGUCAGGCGAUUGCAAGACCUGUCUUAAUUGGGCCGUGAAGGAGCUGCCGAUCUACAAACGGGAAGUGUACAGCGUGGGCGGGAGGGUGGUCACCGCGAGUUGCACCGUGAGAUACGAGGAAUAUGUUUUUCUCCACAAGAAGGCGAAUGCCUAA